AGGGGCCUGACAAAGGACGUGUUUUCAAGUUGCAGCCUUUGGGAACACUGCCAGAAGUUGUUGACGAGCAGUUGUAAUCCUUCCCCAGCCCCCUCCACAUGAACACAAAAGCAAGCUGAUAUAUCUCCCAGCCAAGCCUCUCUUUGCAGUGUAACCAAUAAAAAGUGGACUCUAACCUGACUGAUUGCAUCAAAAUACUUUGCAAAGCAAAAGGAAACAGAGAGCUUUUGAAAAGACCAGUUCCUUCACAAACAUCACAGAAGCCCAGCGAGUUUUCGGUAAAGCAGCCGACAAGAUUUUGAAAGUUGGCAAAUGGAAAGCACGGAGGUUUCCGGAAGUGCGUCUUGGCUCAGUCUCCAGGAAUUCCUGAUAUUCCUGACUGUCUUCUUGCUGGUAACUCUGGUGAUCCGGGGGAGAAGGAAAGGCAAUCUGCCUCCGGGGCCCUCUACCUGGUCUAUCGUUGGAAACAUCUUCCACCCUGACCAGCCUGCUCCACAAGUCGUGGCUGCUGAGCUCUCCAGGAAAUAUGGAAACAUUUUCACGACGCAUAUCCUGUGGAUACCAAUCAUUAUUCUGAAUGGCUUUCAAACCGUCCAGGAGGCUCUGAUCCAGCAGGGCAGAGAAUUCGCGGGGCGACCAUACUUGCAUAUCACUGACCUUCUGUCAAAAGGUCAAGGUAUUCUCUUGGCCAACUAUGGCAGGUCCUGGAAACAGCAACGUAAGUUCACCCUGACUGUCCUGAGAAACUUUGGUUUAGGGCAAUUUGCCUUUGAGGACAGAAUAUUGGAAGAGGCUCAUUACUUAGCUGCAGCUUUCAGAGAAUCUGAAGAGUCUUCCUUUGAUCCCCAAGCCAUCAUCACCAGUGCUGUUUCCAAUGUGACCUGCAAAGUCAUCUUCGGCGAGCGUUUCCAUUACCAGGACAGGAAAUUCACAAGACUUGUCGCGUUGUUCGAUGAGGCUCUGAAACUUCAGGGAGGAUUCUGGGCAAUGGUUUGUGCUGCAGUUCCCAACAUCCAUCAUUUCCCAGGGCCUCAUCAGAGGAUCUUUGAAAACAAGGUUCAAAUCGAAGCUAUUCUCCAGGAUUUCAUCCAACAGCACAAAGACUCACUGGAUGCUGAAAGGAUCCGUGAUUUCAUUGAUGCCUACCUGCUGGAAAUGGAGAAGGAACGUAACUUCCCUGGUUCUUGUUUAACGGAUGGAAACCUGCUGUAUAAUAUUUACGACCUCUUCCUGGCCGGCACUGAAACCACCAUGACCACACUCCGCUGGGCUCUUCUGUAUAUGAUGGCUUAUCCGGAUGUACAAGAGAAGUGCCAGAAGGAGAUUGACGAGGUGAUUGGCAGCUCCCGCGACCCAUCAUUGGACGACAGGCCCAAAAUGCCUUAUGUUAACGCUGUCAUUCAUGAGGUUCAAAGAUUCGGCAACAUUAUUCCGUUUUCAGUCAGUCAUGCUACAACACAAGACACUGAAUUUAUGGGAUACACUUUGAAAAAGGGCACUGUUGUUUUAAUAAACCUGUCAUCAGUCUUGCUUGAGGAGAGCCAAUGGAAACAUCCAAACCAGUUCAACCCCGAAAACUUUCUGAAUGAAAAUGGAGAGUUCUUCAAACCAGAUGCCUUCAUUCCAUUCUCGAUGGGUUUGCGAGCGUGCAUUGGGGAGAAACUAGCCAAAAUGGAGCUCUUCCUUUUCUUCACCGUUCUGCUUCAGAACUUUGAGUUUCGUUGGCCUGACAAAACCUCACCUCCAGACCUCAAAGGCUCGUACAAAAUUAUAAUGGCACCACGACCUUAUAAGCUGGAACUAAGGAGUAGGAUGGUCCACAACAAUGGCCUGUGAAUGGCAGUGAUAAGGAAGUGGGUUUCUCUCCAGAGAAGGCUUGUGAAUCAAUGAUAAGGAGAUGGAUCAUGUUUCUUUAUCUCAUGAUUGGCAAUAUAGAGGGUGGUUUACAUAUGUUUGAAUGCAAAUAGGCUAUUUGGCCCUUCUAGACCCAUGCCACCAUUCAAUUGGAUCAUUGCUGGUCUAUAACUAACUCCAUUGACCCAUUUCUGUUCCAUCUGUCUCAGUUAGAAAACCUUAUUGAUCUCAGUCAUGAGUUGGAGAUGCCAGUGUUGGACUGGGGUGUACAAAGUUAAAAAUCACACAACAGCAAGUUAUAGUCCAACAGGUUUAAUUGGAAGCACACUAGCUUUCGGAGCGCCGUUCCUUCAUCAGGUAGUUGACAACACCUGAUGAAGGAGCAUCGC